UGUCAUGGCGGCAGACCUGCUGGCGUCUCGAGGUGCGUUACGGAAAAAGAGAGAGGGAGAAAAAGAGAGAGGCGGCGAGUGUCUCGCAUAUUCGGAGGGGCUCCCGAGUCCUCACAGUCGAAAGGGUCGUCUCGGCGUUCAGGCAGAUCCAGUCGAGCCGCGGGCGUUGCUGGAUGUCGCGUAGAGUCCGAGGAGUCGCGUGAAGUUAGGCGAGGUCGCCUGCGUCGACGGGUAACGAGAACGAGUAAAUAAACAAUCGACGAACGGCCGCGCUAUCCUCGGUCGAACCGCGCGCCACGAACUAACACACGGCGAUAGUUAGUCACCUCGGCGAUAGGAAUUAACUCCGCCGGUUGACACCGCUCACCGUGGAUGUGGGAUCGAUUUGCUUCACGUCAAGUUGGCACGGCUCACCCACACGCGCCGAUCAAAGUGUGAAUUCAGUGCGCUGAUCCCCCGGCGUCUCGCCUCCUCAUCGAGCACCGUGCAACGUCGCCUUUCAAUUCCACUCUUACGAUUAGUGACAAUGUGCUUGUGACGAGAGGCCGAAAUUCCGCGGUGGAAAAUCAGGGACGGUUUAGCCGUUUGUGAUUUGUUCGGGGAAACGAGUGGCCGAUUUUAACAGUCGGGGAAAAAACAAAAGACGACGGAGAAACGAGAAGACGAUAUGAGGGACACAAACGAUAUGAUGGACGACGUAAUUUGCGAGGACACGAUGAUGGAAUGUAGCGGCGCGGACGGCGGAGGCCUGGAGGACCUUGUCAACCUUGCAUCGGAUAUCGCAGACGCAGCCCCAAGUAUACGAGACGCGGCCGAGCGUCUGCUGACCCUGCUGGGCGUUGACGAGGACGACGAGGCCUCGUCGUCGGAGGACGAGGGUGUGGAGGUCGACCUGGAGGACAGCGACGGAGAUGAGCCGCAGGACACGCGUCUGUUGCACCAGCUCGCGGCAUCGCUGGCGCAGGAGCUGAAGUACGCGAAGCAGAACAGUUCUAACAGCAAACUAGCGCUGCAGAGCCAAGGGGCAUGCAGCGAGGUUCAGGGUAAGAACGGGACGACUUCGAGCAUGGAUUUCGGCCCCGAAACGACGCGGGAGUACAGCUCGAUUAGCUUCGAGAGGCGCGGAAGUUCGGCUCCGUUCUGCCAUAGCGAGGAGUCCCGUCUUUCCCGACACCUGCAGCACCGUCUGCACGAGCAGCUGCCGCCCCCGCCCCCCUACCAAUGCACCAGGGUGAACGCGCUGCCCCAACCUAACGAGGGGCGGGGGAAGUUCGAAUUCGUCGCGAGGGCCCAAAACCACGCGGAAAUGCCACCCGCCUACCCCUCGUUCGGCUCCUGCGCCAUGAUCGAGGACCCCGAGGGGCCCCGGCUGACGGACCCCGACUCGUGGGGCGUCGGGUGGGAGGCUUGCGCCUCCGAGGCCCUCCGAUACCUCGUGGAGGACGAGGGCCUUCCACCCCACCACCCCACCGUCGUCGCCAUGAAAAAUCACCUCGAUCUGCAGAGAGGGCGGGUCCUUUCUCAGUUCGUUGCCUGCUGCAAAUUCGGGUCGACGACUCGGUGAUACGGCGAUCGGGCGGGAGUAGAAAUUUUGAAAGAUCUGCAGAAAACUGGACGGUCACUAUGUCGAAUUAUCAAUGACGAGGAAAUUUAUUUAAGAUCAUCUUGAUUGAAUUUAGAAAGGUCUGAGUAUAAGAAUCCAAACACAGAUUUGUCGAAAUAAGUGAAAAUAUAUUUGGCACGUUUCGUGGGAAGGAGACAACUAUUAGGAAGGAGAAAAAGAAUGAAUAUGUACCGUGCCAAAAUGUAAAAUUGUUUGUAAAAUUUUGAUGAUUCUAUGGUUUGGUUUUUUCCACAAUUUACCUUGUACAUAUUGACUUUUCGCUUUUUUGAAAGUUCGAUGUCGUGAUUCUUUUAUUUUUUAAUCUUUCUACAUUUUUAACCCCUGUACUCCUACAGCGAUGAGCUAAUUUAGACGAAUCGAGGUGCCAUUCACUUAAGGAGGUUAUUAAUUUAACAGUGAAAAUUAAACUGCCCAUCAAAGUAACUUGAAUGAGUGAAAUUUUUUUUGAAACAACGUGAAAUCAAUCGAAGUAUGUAACUAAAAUCAUUGUACCCAAGUCAGUUGAAAUCGCGAGGUCAGCGUCAAGGAAGUGAAGGAAACUCAUUCGAUAAGGAGGAAACUAAUGAAAAUUACUCGAAACGAAUGUCAACGAGGUGAAAGUAUUUAUUUGAUUUCCACGUAAAUGGCCCCUCGCGACCGAACGUUUCCUUCAUCGGUUCAAGCUGGAAUCAAAUUAAUUACGCAAAUAGAAGCGCUUGCGGCCCAGGUGAGGCGAAAGCUUUGUAACGAAGUUUGAAAACUCGCGUUGAGGUUUUUCUCGACGAAAUGGAAAACUGCCGAUAACUGUAGACAGCUCGAGCGAAACUUCGUAAAUGUAUGACGGAAAAAUUACGGGAAACGAAUCUCGCCCAACGAAGUCGGGCAGAAGCCUAGGCUUUACGUAGGCAAAUUUAUUGCGCUGAUCCGUUGAGAUUAUCGCGUUGAUCGUUCGUCGUCGAUUGAUUUAAUGAUCUAGACGUAAUUUCAAUUCGUUUUAUUUUCCUCGUUGCCAACGGGAUGCCGAUGAAACGUUGAUUUGCUUUAUUACAUUCGGUGACAUUUUGCAAUUCCGCAAAAUUGACGUUAUCGUAGGUUUUUCUUCUCACUUUGCGGAGUUACGAGGAUUUUGUAAAGGUUCGCGAAUUGAAAGAGAAAAAAAACGUAAACGUAAAAACUUGAAUAGUUUAGACAAGUCGAAUUCUUUUAAAUCAGGAUUAUAGGAAGGACGUAGUCGAGACAAUUUUGGGAGUUGCGCUGCUGUUGUUUUUAUCUUUUCAUUCCCACGACAGGAGAAAAGACUUGAAACACUUUAUCUGCACCAUUCUCGACUCCGCCUUUCCUCAAAGGUUAACCGAGAUUUUUUCCUGCGAAGUUAUCUUCAAAGCAGGACGCGAGGCUUGAUCUUUAGCUCUUGAUGAUUUCUUUUCGGCGAACGAAACGAACAAAAUCGGCCGCGUCCGUUAUUUUUUCGAUGGUGCAUAGAUACCGCGAAAGUUGACUGUUACAAUCGAUAAGACGGUAAUUCUGGGAGAGGUUGAAUUUCUCAUUUCUGUGCCAAUAAAGCAGCUUAUGUUCUUAGCUAAUUUUAACCCACACGGCGGUACAUAUCGGGAUCUGAACGAAAAAUGAUAUUUGUGAAUUUACAGUAAUUUAUGGAUAUGUAUAGGUAUUUUGUAGUUAGUGUACGGCGAUGUGCUUCAAUCCGCAAUUGUCGUAAAUAAUCGAGAUUCGCUUCCUCGUAUCAAUAAGCUGAUGCAUUAAGCUGGUGUUGGCCAAUCGAUGUAGUAAGAUAAGGUAUUAGCAAUGAAGCUGCGAAUUUUCUUAUGAAUCUAUAAUCGGUAGACGGAACAGCCGCGGCGGAUAAACUAUUUUUAUUUUUAUUUAUUUAUUAUCAUUAGUAGGAUUAUUCUCUUUUACUCUUUGCAAACUUAAAACCGACGAUGUUUAGGUUAGCAUAGUAACGGAUAAUUAACGAACGGAAAUUAUACGAUCGAUCGCAUCCCUUCUCGCAACAUUCGCGUCGGAGGAGAAAGUUGUAUAAUAAAUAUAUACUUGUAUACAACGCGCCUAUAUGUAUAUACGGUGUAUCCGACCAACGAAAGACCAAUUAUAGGAAAUUGGUGGUUCAUCACUUGUUGGUCGUGUUCAUAAAAAAAAAGAAAAAAGCAACACAAAAUAUAUACAUAAAUUACAAUAUUAAAGCCUUGUAAGCCUUAAGCGCUUAUUAUAUAGUUAAAAACAUUAAAAAAUGUCCUAGGAAAGUAACGAGAGUAGGCUAUGAUAAUUAUAUGUAAUAGAUAUGUCAUAUCUAUUACCAAUGCACAAUAUUAAACUAAUAUCCCCUAAACUAAUCAUAUAAAAUCCACUCAGCACUGCCAACGUUCUCAAGAUUCUUUCCAAAGAUCUUAGAUAUUUAUUGAACGGGGGAGCAACGUGUAAAAUUAGAAGUAUGAGCAGGAGAAAGAAAAAGCAAGAAAAUAAGAUGGAGGUGGGCGUAUUUCGGACCCUUGAAUCCCCUCAUCUUGUCACAGUUAUUUUACUUUGACCACGCAUACAUGCAUAGGGUACAUCGGACAUUUCGUUGUCAGAUCAACUUUAUACCCGUUUUCGGUGCUUUAGAAUCAAACAAUUGCAGCACCGAGCACCGGUGACUGGUUAAAUUGAGAUAAAAAAAAAAAGACACUUCGUAUAUCUGCUUAUUAAUACGACCGUAGUCGAAUAAAGAAAUCGCAGUUUUCCGAGGUGGAAUAAAAAUUGCUAGAAAUCUUGCGUAAAUUGAAGUCGAAAAAAGAUUGCGUAAAGACUUUUAUUGUGAGUCGCGUUUAUACCUCGUCGUGCAGAGGCGAUUAUUGUAAAUAUGUAUUAUAUUGUUUUAACUUAUACAGUCGAUCCAUUGUUACUUUUACAAUAAAUCAUUUGUAGAUAGCAUUUGACCAGUAUAAUAAACGACCAUUAAAUUAACAAAGUA